UGCAGUUUCAGAUGCACGCAGACAGUGAACGCGGUGCGUUUUAAGCUGGAUAACUUUGCAUUGGUAUGAUUUGACUUUAUUUUGUGAAUGGUAAAAGUUUUUAUAUCAAAACAUUGCUUUGGUUGAGACCGUUAAACGCAUCGGAACGAGCAGCUGAGAAACGUGAAAGAUCGUACAAACAGCUAAAAAUGCCUUUUUCAAGAGGAAAGAAACUCACCACUAGCAAAAUCCCCAAACUUCACACCAAAGGAUUGGAGAACCAGGAUGGCCCCCAAACCAAGCGCUCGUCCUCUUCUCCUCAAGGGGCCCCUAAGAAAAGGACGGCAUUUGUGGACAUUACCAAUGCACACAAGAUUGAGCUAAGUAACCCCAUCAAGAAGAAAGGUCCCAUCAAGAAGUUGCAGAAGAAGGCUUCAGUGCUGGUUAAGAAUGACGCCAACCUAAAAAAACAAGCUGUAGUGAAUUCAGAGGAAAAGUUGGAGAUUGUAGAGUCACAUGCUAAGAUAGAAGAACAACCUUGUACCAAACCUUUACUCCCCGCACAUCUUCAGCCUCCACAGAUCCCUCCAGAGUUUGACAUUGAUUCUGAGCACGUAAGCGAUGCCACACAUUCACCAGAAUAUGCCAAGGAGAUCUUUGACUAUCUCAAGAGUAGAGAGGAUAAGUUUGUGUUGCAUGAUUACAUGGCUCAUCAGCCAAACCUGAACACCAGUAUGAGAGCCAUUCUGAUAGACUGGCUGGUUGAAGUUCAGGAGAAUUUUGAGUUGAAUCAUGAGACUCUGUAUCUAGCUGUGAAAAUGACGGAUCAUUAUCUGGCCGUGAGCCAGGUCAAACGCGAGGCUUUACAGCUCAUUGGUUCGACUGCCAUGCUCAUUGCUUCUAAAUUUGAGGAACGGGCUCCACCUUGCGUGGAUGAUUUCCUAUAUAUUUGCGACGAUGCCUACAAGCGUUCCCAGCUCAUCGCCAUGGAGAUCUGCAUGCUACAGGCUCUGAACUUUGACAUCAAUAUUCCUGUUCCUUAUCGUUUCCUCCGGCGUUUCGCCAAGUGUGUAAACGCGGGUAUGGAUACGCUGACCCUGGUUCGGUUUAUCUGCGAGCUGAGUUUACUGGAUAUGCAGUUCGUUCCCGUGAGAGCAUCUCUGCUCGCCUCCGCCUGUCUGCUUAUCGCUCUGGUAACCAAAGACCUAGGAGGAUGGACACCAUGUCUACAAUUCCACUCUGGAUAUACCGUGGAGGAUCUUGCACCUGUGGUCCGAAAACUCCACCACAUGCUCAGCAGCCCGCCGGACAGUAAACUUGCUAUCAUUAGGAGCAAGUAUGCACACAAGGUUUUCUUUGAAGUUGCAUUAAUCCCAACAGUGAGUCUGGAGAAGCUGGAAGGAUUUUUAAAGUGACCUGGGACUAAUAUAUGUACCGUUUCAAAUAUUGUAAAUAUUUCUAUUUAAUGUUUUAUUUUAAUCUUUUAAUGUACAUGGGCAUAACGUGUGUGUGUGUGUGUAUAUAUUACAUGUUUUUUUCCACAAACCAUGCUAUUCUGCAUGUAAAUGUAAAGGCUUUUUGACCAGAAGAAUAACUAGUAACUGACAGACAUUGUAACAAAAAUGCUUCAAACCAGAUAAAGUAUAAUGCAACUUGUAAGUUCACUAGAAAUGUCUUUUAAAUUAUGUUACUAAAAUUGCAUUGUUUAUGUAACAUUAACCAUGUACAUAUAUUUGUUUGCAUUUGUUGCUAUUCAUGUUGCAUUUUAUAGCUUGCCAAGUAUGUAAAUUUGAUGUUUUUCUUAAAAUCACUUUUUGAUUGACUGUUUUAAAGCUGCUGUCAAUUAAAAAAAGUUAUAUUUUUG